CUUUAUAGGGUCCAUCCUCAUCAGCUAUCCAAGAUGGCGAACUUUUUCGUUGCGACUGUUGAUCAUCAAAUAUUCGACAUUAUUUUUUCCGUUUUUCUCAGUUCUUUCAUUUAUGUCUCAUCAGAUCAUAAUUACUUCAUCCGAACAAAAAACGGCGUCAUUUCCAGCCGCCAUCUACAUCGGUAAUGGAAAUGAUUUGUGUGGAAAGUCUCCAAUAAAAAACGGAAGAUCAUCACAGCGAUGUCCGCAAUUAAAACCUCCUUCCAAAAAAGUAAUAAACGAAGCCCUUCAUCAAUGUUUACAAAUAACUCGUGAGCGAGAUUAUACAAAUUAUGUUGCCGGAUUGGUGAUGCCAUCGAAAAUUCAACCUGCUUUGUUCACCCUGCUGGCUUUUAACGCAGAAUUAGCCGUUAUCCGAGAUCAAGUUGUUCGUAAUUCGGGAAUUUCCGGAAUAUAUCGUUUGCAAUUUUGGAGGGAUACUUUAGAUGUUUUAUAUGGUCAAACGAAAGGACCACUACCUCGACAGCCGGUUGCGAUAGCUUUAAGUCUCUUUGGACAUCGUUUUGAUGAGCAUUUACUGAGAAAUUUGAUCACUGCAAGGCAAAAAACUUUGGGUGAUCGUCCGUUCGAAUCUCUUGACGAUGUCAAAAAAUAUGGCAUCGAAACUACAGGCUCCAUAACUCAGCUAGUAAUGCAUCUACUUUCUGGCGCUCAUGAGGCUAAUGAGAUACCGCUUUCUGAAGAAGCAAUCCAAGCAAUCGAAUCAAUGUCACAUGCUGUUUCAGUUAUUACUUUGAUCAGAUCGAUGAUGCCGUUAUUGGCAAGAGGGAUCUUCCUCCUUCCCAAUGAUCUGAUGGAAAAGUAUCAGUUGAGUGCAGAUGAUAUAUUCUGGAAUAAAAAGCAGAAUGCACUGCGUGAUUUAGCCAAGGAGCUUACUAAUAUAGCAGAGGAAGAACUUCUGAAAAGUCGACAGUAUCGUGAAAGUAUCGAACCAAACUUACGACUGGCACUUAUGGCAAGCGGUGCAACGUUGGAUCAUUUGGUGAAAACGCUUCAUGAAAGCAACUAUAAUCUAUUGAAUACACGACUUCAGCGUGGAUACGAUCUUCUUGCAUGGCGCUUUUGGUGGCGUAAGUUUCUCGGUCGAUACUGACGCUGAAGUUGGGAGAAAUAAGAAAGACUUCAUCCAAUGCAGAUGGAUGGUGCUCGAGCUCAACUACAUUAGAUAUACUUCGUUUCUUCAUUUCCAAAAUUUCCACUAUAUCAUUCUAUUGCUUAGUUACUCAAAUAUAGUGUUUUCCUUUCGUGCUGUAUUUUUACUACUGUUAUUUAUUUUUCGUAUUCUUGAAAAUUCCUUGAAUUCAUUUUAAAGAUCAAUAGUUUUGAAAGUUAUUGUAUUAUUCAAGCUUUUUUCGUUGAAAACAGGUCGCUGUUCUUACAUUUAUUAGGAGGAGCAGAUUACUUGUAUUGACAAUUGUGAUUUUUUUUUUCUCGGGGACACACUGUGUAUUUUAUCGUAAUCACUAGCAC